AUGAACGAAAUUAACGACACAAUAGAAGGGCUGGCAAAAAUAAUCUCCCAGAAACAAAAAGAGCUGGAUGGCAAAAUCCGCACGUACAAUGCAAAGAUAGCAGAGCUAGAGGGGUAUCUGGCUGAAGUAUCCACCAGACUGGAUGUGGCUUCAGAUAUGGAUUUGCAGCAGGGAUUGGAGCUGGCAAAGCAGCUCAAAUGCUCUCACUGUCAAAAUGACGUCUUUGGUGAAGAUCAGAAGUUUGUAAUACUCCCCAUAGUUGCCAAGAAUACUGACCUCACUUUGGCUGGGCUACCUGGUUCUACAGUGUCUCAUGAAGCCAGUGCGCAACCACAGAUACUGCCUGGCCAGCACAAGAGAGUGAAAAAAAAGAAGUUUACGUGCUCUUAUUGCAAUUCUCAUGAUCACAAACGAGCAGAGUGCCCGAAGAAACUGGGAAUACAGUGA